AUGUCUGAGUCGAGCGUGGAUGAGAAUGGAAAUGGUAGACGCCAGGAUUUAUUGGAAGACAUCGUUUUGGACUGGCGUGCUCUGAAAUCCAAGCGUCAAAAACGCAGAAAGUUCAAAGAUUAUCAAGAGCAGUUGUUGAAGGAAAUCCCCGGUGCUGCGGAUCGAACCAAUGUUGCAAUGCAUGCCGUGAUUGACGUCACCGCGGCCGGGGGCGAGAACCAAACCAGGGGCAUGGGGGCAACUAAAGAAAUUCGUAACCAGGCUCUUAUUCAUUACAUCGCACGGUUGGCGAGCUCGAACAGCGAUGACGAUGAAUUUGAUUUUUCCUUUGUCGAGUCGCUCUUGGAGAAUGGAGCCGACAUCAACACCGCAGACAAGUAUGGACAGACGAUGUUCCACGAAGUCGCACGAUCGUGGAACGUCGACGUUGCCCGUUUUUUACUCAACCGAGGAGCAAACAUUAACCAGCAAGACAAAUAUGGUCGUGCCCCCCUGCACGUUGCCGCAGCUGUGGACUACACUGAGAUGAUCGAAUUCCUGCUUCAUCACAAGGCUGAUAAAGAUAUCACAACGUUCGGAGAGUUGCAGACACCCAUCCAUUUCGCUGCAAAGAACGAUGCUUGUCAGGCUCUGAAGUUGUUCAUAAACUAUGGCGCGAACGUCAACUGCAGAGACUACCAGAACAGAACGCCAUUACAUGUCGCGGCCUCGAUGAGCAGAUCAAAGGCCGCCCGAUACUUGGUUGAACUCGGGACACCGUCGGGUAUUUAUGAUCACAACGGAGAGAUGACGCUAUCCCUUCUUAUCCUCAAAAUGCCCGAGGUCGCUACAAUCGCGUUGGACCAAUUCCGUUCGCAGGACAUGAUAAACAGAAAGGAGUACAACUUUUUGAACUACGUUGAAGGUCCGCGAAUCCUGGAGGACAGCCCCCGAGAAAACAAAGCUCGCUCCCCCCUGGAAGUCGCCAUCCAGUACGAACAAUACUGUAUCGUAAUGCAUCCUGUGAUUAAAAGGCUUAUCAACGUGAAGUGGGAGUUUUUCGGCAAGAAAGGGGCUCAGUUUGACUUAUUCGUUAACGUUGCCUUUGCGUUCGUGUGGACAAUUAUUGGCAUAACGAUUCCGUUAAAUGCCGCCCAAUUAUACUGGCCAUUAAGAUACGCGUGGUGGCGCCUUCUUUUCGCCAUCGCUGCAGUUUUGUUGACAGGGUUCGAAUGUUACAAGCAAAUCUCGAGUUUCAUCUACUUGAAUAAGGCCAUAAGACGUUGGAAAGCGUUUCGCGAGAAAAGCCUGUGGAACGACAAGCGAUUUUGCCAUCCAAAAUGGCGGGAUGAAAACGAGUAUUUGGACAAAGAGAUUAAAGACGCGAGAGAGGAACGCUUCUUUACAAGACAAGAUGGCUGGGUAGUUCUAGACUGGCUUGCUUUACUUCUGAUACUGUCUGGCAUCUCGUCGCACAUCGCCUUCCUCGUGACCGGCUCCAAGAUGACGCGUGAUGUCCACGUGCGCAUCGUGUCGUUCGUGUUGAUUGUGCUGUAUGUAAGAUUGCUGAAGUUCACGCGCCCUUUUGAAGGUCCAGGACCCUUCGUUGCCUCCAUUGCGCCGAUGUUAAAAGACUUCUUUAAAUGGUCAGUCUUGUUCAUUCUACUUUUCGUGCCAUACGCGUCAAUAUUUUGGAUGAUAUUCGGUCCAACAAACGAGGACAACGCACCGUUUCUGUCGGACAUUCCUGGACUAAUUUUCACGGUGUUCAGUAUGGCUGCUCUCAGUAAUCUUUCGAUGGUGGAUGAUUUAGUGAGCAUCGAUGAAAACAUGGCCAGGAUUCUUGUGGGAAGUUUUGUUGCUGUUUCGACCAUUGUAACUCUGAAUCUUCUCAUUGCAAUGCUCGCUGACACCUUCACAAGGAUGUAUGAGAAUUCUUUGGAGACUGCAACGAUGCAAAGGGCGAAGACAAUCUUGUACUUGGAGCAAAAACUAUCAUCUUCCAUCUGGCGAGGUUACUGUGAAUAUAUACAUAAGUCUUGUAGUCCUGACGUGACUAGCCUUUCGGGAGACAUUGACUUGGGAAAACGGGACAAGAAACGCACGAAAGAAAAACUACUUCGAGGGGUGGAGGAAAUUCACAGCAUCAUGAACGAACGCUUUGGACCAAAGGUUGGCACCACCGUUUCCGAUAUGGACAAGUUGUUGUCGGGCGUGGAGAAGUUGAACAAGAUUUUAACGUCUCGUUUGCAAAGCAACGGUGUCAGCCUACCCCAGCCUGGUUCGAUGAACUUAAAUAUCAUUUUAGGUCAAGAAAAUAGGGUUGGUAACGCAAUGAUUAGUGGGCUAGCAGUGGAGAGUGAGGUGUUGGUUGCACAGGGUGAAAGUUCGAAUCGAAAGCCAAAGUCUUCUCAACAAAAAGAAGACAAAAACAAAAGGAAUAUUGAACAACAAAAUGGAAGCAGCAGCCCAAGUUCUUCGGCUUCUUCCCACCGUUCGAGCGAUGGAAACGAGGGAAGAUUAACCAAUGGAAAGAUACAAAAACAACUUGAUCUUAUUUUGAGCUUGAUGAGGGAAGCCAUCAAAAGCGGGAAGUUGAAUUUCACGAUCAACGGCAAAGCCUUCGUCACUGAGAGGAAUGUUCAGGAAAAUUUGGUCGAGGAACUGAUUGGAAAAGAUAGCGCAUGUGACCGAGCCCAGUGUAUUUCGGACUGCGGAGAUGCGAUGGUUGAUACGCAGUGUAAGCACGGGAUUUCGAACCCGGCUUGUUCCCCGGUUCACUUCGACUUCGAGGACAACGCCGAUGACACUCGACACAGCCCGUUGGAUUUGUACACGUCAGAUGAGGUAAUCGUAAGCACGCCGGUCCAGUCUCCAAAUGUUUUGGACGGAGAACAUCGAGCGUCGAUAGAUUCCGAGAGGCUUACGGCACGGUACGAAGGUAGCAGCUUCCUGUCGACGAGCAGCGCCGAAUUUGCCACGACGUGCGAUGAAAACGGCUUCAAUUCCAGCCAGACAAGCGUUGUUUCAAACAAUAACGAGCAAUCACCUUCGCCAAAUCCAGGUGUAAGCCAAACAAGGCCUCAAACGAAAAGAUCCCAUCGGCGAAUUCCGCCUAAAAUACUUCUCCCGUACGAGACGGGGGGCGUCCUCGGUGGGAGCUCCGAAUCUGAUGUCAGCACCCAAGAAGCAAAAACAAGAGUUAGAAAAUACGUUGUGCAUGAUCGCCAGCCUGUGGUUGAUGAUGAUUUUAGCAGCACCAGUCUUGGAACGGAUGUUACCGACCAUUCAUGUGACGACGAUAGCCAGGGCAGCGGUUUUAGUCAUUACGCUGUGAAUUACGGCACGAGCCCCGAACAAGAUGGUCUGGUUGGUAGACAAGAUGUACCCCGAGUACCUCAUGUAAGAUGGGCUGAUACGGCUUCAGAAGCCGGCAGCACAGCGUUUCUUAAUAUCCGCGAAAUCUCGACGUCGCCUUCCGAGUGUCUCUCCGGUGAUGUUCGCCCCGAAAGCGAUACGGCGAGUGCCGAUGAGAGACAAAUAGGGAUUGAAAAAAACAGCGGACAUCAGACGUAUGUAUGA